CAUAAAUACAGAAUUUAUUUGAACACACUCUUAACAAGUACGCCAUAGGCUGCGCAAAGUCAGUAUUAAUGCGUAGUGAAUCGCGCACGCUUACGUUUAAUUGUCAAUUUAUCUGAUGUCAUAUUUGGAUCUGGAGAGGAGGAGGCACAUACGCACGCUCCCCAGAGCUUCUGAAUCGUUUAAGCGCGGUGGCACAUUAUCUCCAGGUCUCGCUUGCGCUAUCAAAGUUUACUGAGUAACCGCCAUCAGAAACGACCCCGUUUGUGCUCAGAGAUUAAGCCGGUUGCCGUAAUAUCCUUCAAAUACACCCGGAACAGAAGGACAACGACGCGGGAGCGUUUUUUAAAAGGGGGAUGGAGCAAAAUUUUGUAGAAAUCUUCAAGGAAGACAAGUGCCUGUCGUCUUCAGUGGAAGAGUGUCUAUCCAACUCUUCUCUGCCCGACACGCGCAACUUGACGCAUAACAACAGCGGCAUCUGGGCGCACGAGCCUAUGUCCCCAAUUAUACCGGUAAUCACGGCAGUGUAUUCCGUGGUUUUUGUGGUAGGGCUGGUGGGCAAUUGCCUCGUCAUGUACGUCAUCAUCAGGUACACCAAGAUGAAGACGGCCACUAACAUCUACAUCUUCAAUCUGGCCCUGGCUGACGCGCUGGUUACCACGACGAUGCCCUUCCAGAAUGCUGACUACCUGCUCCACUCUUGGCCCUUUGGUGAGGUGAUGUGCAAGAUCUUCAUCUCUAUUGACUACUACAACAUGUUCACAAGCAUUUUAACCCUCACCAUGAUGAGUGUGGAUCGGUAUGUGGCCGUGUGCCACCCGGUGAAGGCGCUGGACUUUCGCACUCCGCUCAACGCCAAGGGCAUCAAUGUGGGCAUCUGGGUGCUCUCUUCAGCUGCCGGGGUGCCUGCCAUGGUGCUAGGAGGUACCCAGACCAACAAUGGCACCACUGAGUGCGCCCUGCAGUUCCCUGACCCAUAUGAAUACUGGGACACACUGAUGAAGCUGUGUGUGUUUGUUCUGGCCUUCGUCAUCCCCGUCCUCAUCAUCACCGUCUGCUACUCACUGAUGAUCCUGCGUCUGCGCGGCGUGCGCAUGCUCUCGGGCUCGCGGGAGAAGGACCGCAACCUGCGGCGCAUCACGCGGCUGGUCAUGGUGGUGGUGCUGGUGUUUGUGGUCUGCUGGACGCCCAUCCACAUCUUCGUCCUGGUCAAGGCUCUGGUGGGCGUGCCAGAGACCACGCCCGUCAUGGCCGCCUACUUUUUCUGCGUGGCGCUGGGCUACACCAACAGCAGCCUCAACCCCGUGCUCUACGCCUUCCUGGAUGAGAACUUCAAGCGCUGCUUCAAGGACUUCUGCUUCCCUGUCCACGGGGGCCGGGGGAGGGCCGGGCGCCAGGCCAGGGGGAGCGGCAGGGGAGGGGAGCCUGGGGUGCGUCAGCUCCCCCGCCCCGCUGAGAGCCCACCGCGGACGGCCAAGCCGGCCUGACUAGCCGUGGAGCUGUCCUCCAUCACGCAGGCAGGGAAGGAGGACUCGCACGAACUGGGAUUGACUCAGGUCACAUCAGCCCUCUGACCAAUCCAGAUAACCCCUCACCUACAGAUAAUCCCUCACCUACAGUGACGCCUAGGCUAGGGUCUGGGCUCAGAUACAGCAAAAGUUACAAAACUGUCGAUGUCGUCAUGAGCUUUUCAAAGGUAGUUUCUCAACUGUGGUUUAUUCAUUCAUCAGAAAAGGGCCACUAAGAGUCGCCCUGAUAUAACAUACCGUGGUUUGAAGUAAGACAGAUUCAUGCUCAUUUGUUUAUAUUUAUUUAUGAUACAAUUAAAAAGUAUAAAUAAAUCAUUUCUAAAUAUAUUUAUU